UGUAUUUGAUGGCGGACCCAUGCCCCAAUUGGGGAUGAAAAGCUUUUGCCCUUUUCACUUUGAUUUCCCUUACUGUUGUUGAGGGGCCAAUUCGCGAAGCAUAGGCCCACUGUUUUUUAUUUUUUUCAAAAGAAAUUCAUGUUCAUGUGACUUUAUGGCAUCACCUUUUCAAUUCCGAUUCUCUGUUUGUCUUUAAUAAUUUGUUCGUUUCUUCUCGGGCGGUAGAAAUAGAAUUUCCGUGUGCCGUUUUUUGAAGAGCUGCUGGAGUUGUUUAUCUUGCUCUUCACUCCACAAUUGCCUUUCUAAUUUAAUAAUGGGGUUUCGGAAUCCCCACGUAGAUUGUCCAUUUAUCAAUGUUUCUCGAUCGAUUGUGAAUUAAGUAAAGAAUUACUCUCUCUUUCUCUCUCGAAAUUUUUUGUGUUCAGAGGGGUUAGAAUUUAGGGAUUACAGUUUGUACAUGGAAAUUGGUUCUGGCAAAUGGGGAAUCGUGUUUGUGCUGUUGGGGGUAAUCUGUUCAGUGGAAGGAUUGAACGGGAGUCCAAGAGUUAGGGGAGUGAAUUUGGGAGGAUGGUUGGUGAUCGAAGGUUGGAUUAAGCCAUCGCUCUUUGAUGGCAUCCCCAAUGGAGAUAUGCUUGAUGGAACAGAGGUUCAGUUCAAAUCAGUAACAUUGAAGAAAUAUGUUUCUGCUGAUGAUGGUGGCGGCGGAGUAGUUACUGUCGACAGAGAUAAUCCUCUGGCUUGGGAAACAUUUCGGUUGUGGAGAGUUUCAGAAUCAGCAUUCCAGUUCCGCACUUCCAGUGGCCAGUUUCUGACUUGCGAUCAAGAUGGAGGGAGCAUUACUGCAACAGCAAGGUCGCCAUCUUCCACAGAAACAUUUUACCUAGAAAGAAGUAAUGACAACCGUGUUCACAUUAAAUUGAAGUCGGGAACUUAUCUGCAGGCUUCUAAUUCGAACCAACUUACAGCAGACUAUCCGGGAAAACCAGGAUGGGAUGAAAAUGGCGCGACAUUUGAGUUAAUAAUUGUGUCAAAUGAUUUGCACGGAGAUUAUCAGAUCGCCAAUGGGUAUGGACACGAUAAGGCAGCAGAAGUCCUUAAGAAGCAUAGAAACAGUUUUAUCACUGUCGAAGAUUUCGAUUUCCUUUAUAGGCAUGGAAUGAACACUGUGAGAAUUCCCGUCGGAUGGUGGAUAGCUUAUGAUCCCGAACCUCCACCUCCUUUUGUUGGCGGGACUCUCGAAGCUCUAGACAACGCAUUUUCUUGGGCUCAAACUUUCGGAAUCAAGUGCAUAAUCGAUCUUCAUGCAGCUCCGGAAUCUCAAAACGGAAUGGAACACAGUGCCAGCCGUGACGGGACUACGGGGUGGCCUAAUUCGCCAGACUCCAUCUCGCAAACGUUGAACGUGAUCGAUUUUCUUGCUUCAAGGUAUUCGAAUCAUCCGUCGUUACUAGGAAUCGAGCUGUUAAACGAGCCGUCUGCCGCAUCGGUUCCACUCGACACACUCGUCUCGUAUUACAAACAAGGAUACAAAAUCGUCCGAAAACAUUCGUCGACAGCUUAUGUCAUUUUCUGCCAAAGAAUUGGCAGCGCGGAUCCGAUGGAACUCUACCAGGCUAACCUAGGGACCGAAAACACCGUAGUCGAUCUACACUACUACAAUCUAUUCGAUUCGUAUUUUUCUAACAUGACUUCUCUCGAAAACAUUCAGUACAUAUACAAGGCUCGACAAACUCAGGUGCAGGCUCUGAACAGCGCGAACGGACCGCUCGUGUUCAUCGGCGAAUGGGUGAACGAGUGGGAUGUAACCGAAGGAUCUUUAUACGAUUAUCAAGAAUUCGGACGAGCUCAGUUGGAUGUGUACAAUGCUGCCUCGUUCGGAUGGACUUACUGGACGUUGAAGAACGAUCGCGUGCAUUGGGAUUUCGAGUGGAAUGUUCGUAACAACUAUCUUCAACUCCAACUUGGGCGAUCGUCGGCCAUGUGCCUUCCCAACUUCCUACACGUGCUCGGAUGCCUAUGUGUUUGUUGGGUUUUAUUGUGACGUGUAGAGUUGCAUUUUUUUUUUUUUUUUUUUACCAUUAUUGUUUUGUAUCGAUUAAGAUUAUUCGUUUUGUUUCUAAUGUCAAUAAGAAUAGAUGGAAGUUAUGAAAAUCAAUGGUUACAAUUAUUUGUUGUUUCUCAUUGCAAUAAGAAUCGAUGGAAGU